UCCACACUUGUAAAUGUGCAAGCUGGUGAAUGCCCAGACAGUCAGCAUAGCUAGCUAGCCAGCAUUGGUAUACCUGCCUCCAAGUAUACAUGUCCGCCGCAAGUCUGGUGAUGAUCCGCUACGCGGUCGCCAUGAUCUCUCUGCACUACCUGUUCGCCGCACUGGCGACUACACUAGCGGCGGCGGAGGCUUCCGGUGUUGCGAGAAGGCAAGGAAGCACCGGUGUUAGGGCGCCCUCUAUCACCCCUGCCGCCGGUUGCCCGAACAGAUGCGGCGAUGUGACCUUCGACUUCCCCUUCGGCAUCGGCCCCGACUGCUCUCGCGGCCCCGAUUUCGAGCUCACCUGCGACAACACCACUCAGCCUCCCAAGCUCUUCAUGUGUGAUGGCACCACCCAGCUCAUCAGCAAUAUCACAAUUGUUACCACGGAGGAUUUGGACACCUGCUCAGAGCAUUCGGUUAGCAUGAACUUCGCCGGUACCAUCCCCAUGAAAUCAUCUGCACCGGUUUUCUGGUCUUUGUCUCUGAAAUCUCCAGGGAAUUCUUUCUAUGCCUAUUACCCCGGACUGAGCUUUUCAGGCUGUGAUUUCCAUGUACAAUGGGUAAACCCUCCAGUGAAUACAAAGGCGGUCGCGUCCAGGUUCAGCUGCACAUCUAUCUGCCCUGACGACGCUGACGGUGAGCUCACAAACAUAGCUGCUGGCGAUGCUGCCGAAUACUGCGGUACCUCCAACAACGGCACUGGAUGUUGCCACAUCUUGUUUGGUGAGUAUGACUCGCAGGUUGUACCUUAUGUAUCUCUUGCCACACUCAAAUUCGUUCGCUACGGCAGAGCCGAUCCCAAAUUGCACCAUAACCUGAGCUUCUUGUGGGAUACAAUCAAUGUUACUCUUUAUGAAGCGUCUGCCAAUUGGAAAAUUGCUGAUCAAACAACCUGCGCAAGCGCCAUCAGAAACAAGGCAACCUAUGCUUGCGUUAGCAGAAAUAGCAUUUGUCAAGACGACAGUUUCGGGGAUUAUGGCUACAGGUGCAAGUGCAGGACAGGCUACAUAGGCAAUCCAUAUAUUCCUCACGGCUGCAAACCAGACCACGGUUACAAUCCAUCUCAACCAAAGAGCAACUGUACUCGCCAAUGUGGGAGUACAGAUGUUCCAUUUCCAUUCGGCUUGGAAGAAGGUUGCUUUGCAAGAGAAGAAUUUCAUCUCAAUUGCACAAACAAGACAUCAUCAGCUAUCUUGCUGUACAAUUCAGUGGAUGACUAUCAGGUGACAAAUAUACAUGUUGAACAAGGGCUUAUUGAAUACAUUGACCCGGAAGCAAGUCGUGGAUUUGGUGCAUUGGACAGACCAAGUCUUUUCCUUUAUUCUGCGGCUCCCGUUUCUGUGCAAUGGGUGGUUGCUCAAUUAUCAUGCGAAGAGGCAAGACAAAAUAAGUCUGGGUAUGCAUGUGCAAGUGCUAACAGUGAAUGUAAAACAAUCCGACGUACAGGUGGUCGUGUUGGUUACAGAUGCAAUUGCAUAAGUGGGUACCAAGGAAAUCCAUACAUCGCAAGAGGCUGUGUUGAUAUCGACGAGUGCCUUCAGCCAAACAUCUGUCCUGAAAUAUGCAACAACACCAUAGGAAACUACACAUGUAAUCCAUGCCCUUACAAGACAGAGUAUGAUCCAGUUAACAGGCGUUGCGUCAUCAGAAAACACCAAAACCUUCUCCCAGGUAUUGCUAUUGGCCUUAGUGUUGGCCUUGGAAUUCUACUUCUUUGCUUAGGUGGGGUUUUCCUUAUCCAUAGAUGGAGAAGAGAUAUCCAAAAACAAUUGCGGAAGAAAUACUUUCAGAAAAAUAAAGGUCUUCUUUUGGAGCAACUAAUAUCUUCAGAUGAAAAACAAAGUGAUAACAAAAUUUUCUCCUUGGAAGAGUUGCAGAAGGCAACAAACAACUUUGAUCCUACACGUAUUUUAGGUAGUGGAGGACAUGGUAUGGUAUACAAAGGCAUCUUGUCGGACCAACAUGUGGUGGCCAUAAAGAAGCCAAAGGUAAUUGCAGAAGGAGAGAUUAAUCAGUUUAUCAACGAAGUUGCAAUCCUCUCUCAAAUAAAUCACAGAAAUAUCGUAAAACUUCUCGGAUGUUGUCUGGAAACUGAGGUUCCUCUACUGGUGUAUGACUUUAUCCCUAAUGGUUCACUAUUUAAGAUUAUUCAUGACGAUCAGAGUAACAAAGAAUUUUCCUUGUCAUGGCAUGAUUCCUUGAGAAUUGCUACGGAAGCUGCUGGAGCUCUCUGCUAUCUCCACUCUGCAGCAUCAGUAUCAGUUUUUCAUCGUGAUGUGAAGUCUUCUAAUAUACUCUUGGAUGGAAGCUACACAGCUAAAGUUUCAGAUUUUGGGGCCUCAAGACUGAUUCCAAUUGAUCAAACCCAUGUCAUCACAAACAUACAAGGUACAUUUGGGUACUUGGAUCCGGAGUAUUACUACACUGGGCAAUUAAAUGAGAAGAGUGAUGUUUACAGUUUUGGUGUUGUUCUGUUAGAGUUGCUUCUUAAAAAGGAGCCUAUCUUUACUAGUGAUUCCGGUUCAAAGAUAAACUUGUCAAAUUACUUCCUCUCGGAGAUAAGAACAAGACCAAUCACUGAAAUGGUUGCCUCUCAAGUUCUUGAGCAAGCUUCUGAAGACGAGCUUAACACUGUUGCUUCUCUUGCGGAGGAGUGCCUGAGGCUACGAGGUGAAGAAAGACCUACGAUGAAGCAAGUGGAGAUGAAACUGCAACUUCUGAGGAAUAAAGGUUUGAGAUCAUGCGACGGUUUCCCACAAAGCAGUUGCGACAUACAAGCACCAGCACCUGUAAGACUUGCAGCUCAUCGCUGUCAGUCUUUGUCAACUGACGGAGACAAUAGAGCUGAUAUAGCGUCUUCAAGCUGCUAUGAGCUGGAGCAAGAGUUCAUGUCAUCUGCUACUUUACCACGAUGAAUUAAUCCUUGACCACCUUAUUUUCGUUCUGAUCUUACACAUGUUUGCACAUGCAGCUGAAUGAUCAUCGACACAACACUGUAGCGCACUUGUUCGUUAUUAGCGUGUUAGCUCAACAUUAUUGUAAUGAUUUGUUUAUGUUGUCCAACAUUCUCUAUUUUUUCGAUGGCAGAUGGUUAAAGUUUUAUGUGUCA